AUGCCGGCAUCUAAACGAAUUUCGAAACAAGAGGUUUUGAAGUCUUUACUACCUCCUACGGAUGUGCCCGAAAGCUAUGUCGAUGCUUACGAUAUAACCCUGGGCUCGAGUGAUAAUCGGGGAAACGCUGGCGUGGGAGUGGGGACCGCGCGGAGAAUGCUUACCAGCACGCAUUUGAGCUCGGAGCAGCAGUCUAGGAUUAUGAAUAUCGUAGCGCCUGGAGGGGAAGUGACGGCUGGGAGUCUUGGAAGAAGCCAGUUCAAUGUAUUCUUGGCUUUGGUGGGAUUGGCACAAGAGGGCGAGGAUUUGACUCUUGAUACGGUUGAUGAACGACGGAAAAGACUCCCCCAACCGAAUAUUCCCUAUCUCGAGAAGCUAAAGGCCCCAAAUAACACCAAUGGCAAUUCUCAUCAGUCUGAAACCCCGCGCCGCAUGCGCCACGAUUCUUUUGAAGACCCCGAAUCCGACCCGUGGGCGACCCCGGUGUCGCACCGUGGCCGCCACAAUUCGUAUGAGAAUCGGCAUCGAGCUAAUACGAAUGGAUCAUUUGCUACGUCUCCAGGGCCCGGCAUAAAUAGCAUCAAUAACAAUUUCCCUACUGCCGACAACAGGCAGACACGGUCGGCUGCCGAUAGCAACCAACCUCCAGAUUCUGGUGUCCCUUCCUCCGGAGGCGGUGCGCCUAGCUGGGGAGGCGAAGGAUUCAACAACCCAUCGAGCGGUGAUUUUCGGAACCAAGGAGAGUCGGGUUUUGGCGGUGGUUUUGGUCAGUCAGGAGACGACCAAGGGAACCAUGGCUCCAAUGGCAUAUCACGUUCUCUUGGAGGAAGGGGAAUGAGUAAUAAUGGAGCCGAGGACGUCAUCACGAUUCAUAUGCUUCCGGAAAAAGAGGGCAUGUUUAUGUUCCAGCAUCGGAACUACGAAGUCAAAUCUGCGCGAAGAGGCAGCUCGGUUAUCAGACGAUAUAGCGAUUUCGUGUGGCUGGUGGAUUGUCUGCAGAAGAGGUACCCGUUCCGGCAGAUUCCUUUACUUCCUCCAAAGAGGCUAGCAGCGGAUUCAAAUUCUUUCCUCGACAAGCGACGCAAGGGCCUCGUACGCUUCGCCAACGCUUUAGCUCGCCAUCCAGUUUUGAACCAAGAACAAUUGGUAGUGAUGUUUCUCACGGUACCUACGGAAUUAUCCAUCUGGCGAAAGCAAGCCACUAUAUCCGUCCAAGAGGAGUUCACUGGCAAGCCACUCCCGCCAGAUCUUGAAGAUUCUCUCCCUCCUAAUCUUCAGGAGUUAUUCGACACCGUUCGUUCAGGCGUCCGUAGGUCGUCUGAGAUCUACAUAAAUUUAUGCAAUUUGCUUGAUCGCCUUGCAAAGCGUAACCAGGGACUUGCCGCUGAGCAAUUCAGGUUUUCACGGGCUUUGCAAGCUUUGACCGACGCGACUGGGGAUACAUACGCAGUUGAUAGGAACGAUAUUCCAUUAUUGAACGAUGGAAUUUGCUCUACAGCAAAACACCUUAUUACCAGCCAGGGUUUACUUGAGGAUGAGGCGCGAGCUUGGGAUGAAGGUGUUUUGGAGGAUUUUAAACGGCAGCGGGAUUGCUUGGUUGCAAUGCGCGAUAUGUUUGAUCGGAAUGAACGACUUUCCAAGGAUAACAUCCCUCAGCUGGAGAAACGCAUUGAAAGCAAUGAGAGGAAAUUGCAGGAUUUGCGAACCAGACCUGAGGGUCAGGUUAAGCCCGGAGAAAUUGAGAAGGUAGAAGGUGCUAUUUUCAAGGAGUGCGUCCGUGACGAGUUGUAUAUUUUCCAGAAGAGCCAGUACCAUAUUAGCCGUCUGCAUCAAGACUGGAGCCAGGAACGAGUCAAGUACGCGGAGCUACAGGCGGACAACUGGCGAGCUCUUUGUGACGAGGUUGAAGCUAUGCCUACAAGUGAAUAA